AUGAUCCGUUCCAGCACAGGGAACAGGGUACGCAUACUAACACAAGACCCUGAUUAUGUUGACGAAACGAAGAAAGUCUUGAGGAAAGUCGGGUUCGAAGUAGUAGGGCAAUUUGGCGCUGGAGGCUUCGCGGAACUUGAUGAUGAAACUGUGGUAUUUACCGGCAUCGCCAAUGCACCUAUCAAGCAAAUCAUCGCCGACAUUGCACGGCCCGCCUUGAUCAUUGCUUUAGGAGAGGGCAAGACCUUCAAUGCUACGGAUGAACUGUAUGGAGAUCCAGAAUCUCCUCGUACGAAACGAAUGUGGCGAGAGUACGAAUCCUGGGACUUUCCAGUGGAGCCUACCGAAGCAAACUAUAUGGGGGAAAUGGACAAACUGAAGAUACAUGCCAGAAAUGCUACGAGAAUUACCAUUGACGAUCUAUUCUCUGAGUAG